AUGGCCAACUCCACCGUGGUGACUGUGUUUCUCCUGGAGGGCUUUGCUGAGGACCAGGAGCUGAGCGUCCUGCUCGCCAUGUUGCUCCUGCUGAUGUUCCUGGCCACCCUCUUAGGGAACCUGCUCAUCGUCACCGUCACCACGGCUGACCAGAACCUGCACACACCCAUGUACUUCUUCCUCAGGAACCUGUCCAUCUUGGACAUGUGCUACAUUUCUGUCACUGUCCCCAAUGCCUGUAUCAACUCCCUCACCGGCAACAGGGCCAUUUCAGUGGCUGGCUGUGCAGCCCAGAUCUUCUUGGUCAUUUACUGUGCAUAUGUGGAGAUUCUGUUUCUCACGGUCAUGGCCUGGGACCGCUAUGUGGCCAUCUGCCAGCCCCUCCAUUAUUCAACUAUCAUAAAUGUCCGAUUCUGUGUCCGCAUGACGGUGGUGUCUCUGCUCAGUGGCCUGGUCUAUGCGGGUGUGCACACUGGCGAUACAUUCUUGCUGAACUUCUGCGGCUCCAACGUGGUCCCCCAGUUCUUCUGUGACGUCCCCUCCCUGCUGAGGCUCUCCUGCUCCGACACGUCCAGCAACCAGCUCUCCAUUCUCGUCUCUGCCGUGGUGAUCAGUGGUGGCGGCUUCGUUUCUAUCGUCACGUCAUAUGUGCGCAUAUUUUCUGCUGUGCUCAGGUUUCCGGCCAGAGAGCGAGGGAAGGCCUUCUCCACCUGUGCCCCUCACAUGCUGGUGGUGUCUGUGUUUCUCAGCGCCGCUGCCUGUGUGUACCUGCGGCCUCUGCAGACCUCCGGAGUGCUUCAGGACGUGAUCUUCUCUGUAUUUUAUGCUGUAGUUCCUCCCUUCUUGAACCCCAUCAUCUACAGUCUUAGGAACAAACAGAUAAAGGAAGCUCUGGGGAAAGUCAUACCAAGAAGUUUUCAUUCUGGAAAAGUAUAA